AUGCAUUUCACCGAGGAUCAAUUGGAAAACGACCCAGAGCUGCGUCCCAGAACCUGGAAGUCAGACAAAGCCUUCGAGCGAGAACGCCUCUUUCUCCUCAACUGCCUAGCCACCAACUUGCGCGCCGCAACCGAGAAUCCAUCUUCCAAUCCCUCCACCACCACUAUGGCCUCAUCCAGCACCACAUCUCUGAUCUCAACAACCUCAGAAGUCAGCGCAGUCGACCCUGACCAGACUCCUUGCUCCAACUGCUCAAUCUUCCCAUGCAGUCUGAUUCCAAGCAUGCCUUCUACACCUCGCUCGAUGUCGUCCUUCUUCUCCAAUUCCUUUGGCUCUAUCUCCCGCACCUCAAUCGCCAGCUCUGAUUCGGCUUUCAUGCCUCACACACCCAUCGUUUUCGACUCGCCUCAGAGCAGCUCUUUCAGCUUCGAGACUGCACACCCAAGUCCUUUGAAGGUUGACUCGGUCAUGGGAAGUCCAUUGAAACUACUCCGUAGUCCCAGUGUCUUCAAGCGCAAGAACAAGAAGACCGAGAAGAAGGACAGCGAUGGCGAAGGUAGUGCUACUGAUGUCAUCAAGGACGAAGGAAUGCUCGACUUCUUCAAGCACGCUGCAGAGGACGAUCAGCCCACAGACACCGACCACCCUGACGACAGCGAGACGGUCAAGGACUUUGUCAGAACCGAGAGUGAUGGUAGCUUGGACAGCCAGGGCAAGGAGUAUGUCGUUGACCGUCUUGGUCUUGGUGUCGUUGUUGCGGAGCCUCAGCCUGUUGAGCACCAGUACCGCUUUGUCAAGAGGCAGAUUGAGAAGGCCAAAAAGAAGGUUCUCCGUUGCAAACAUGUGAUGGGAGGUCUGUGA